AUGGCACCCUCUUUCGACUCCAUUGGCUUCAUCGGCUUGGGCAUCAUGGGGUUUCCCAUGCUCGAAAACCUCAUCCAAAAAUUACCAAAUGACAUGCGGUAUUAUGUAUACGAUGUAUCGACGCCUGCUAUGGACGCCUUUUGCGCGCAACAUCCAACAAAAGUCCAUGCAUGUGCCAAUGCCCGAGAAGUCGCGGACAAGUCGAGCGUAAUCCUAUCAAUGGUACCAGAAGGCUCGCACGUUCGCGCCGUGUACCUGACUCCCGAUACCGGCGUCCUCGCAGCAAACGUCGACGGCAAGCUCCUCAUCGACUGCUCCACCAUCGACACAGCCACUUCCGUCGAAGUCCGUGACAAAGCAAAGUCACUCUAUCCCUCCGCAUCUUUCUACGAUGCCCCCGUCUCCGGCGGCCAGCUCGGCGCGCAGAAAGCCACGCUGACCUUCAUGCUCGGUUGUGCGCGCCGAGACCCCAACUUCCCGCGUAUACACGAAUUGCUUAGCAAGAUGGGCGCCUCCGUGUUUCCCUGCGGCGGACCUUCUCUCGGUCUGACGGCCAAGCUCUGCAACAACUACUGCAGUGGAUUGAUAGCCAUUGCGACCUCGGAAGCGAUGAAUAUCGGCAUCGCUUCUGGCAUGGAUCCUCGCGUGUUGAAGGACAUCUUUCAUACCAGCACUGCCCAGAGCGCCAUCUUGGAUAAAUGGUGCCCGGUACCAGGAAUCGUGCCUGAUGUUCCUUCGAGCAAUGGGUAUAAAGGAGGAUUCAAGGUUCAGCUCAUGCGUAAGGAUUUCGGCCUUGCUGUUGAUACUGCGAAGAGGUUAGGCGUUAAGCUGGCUUUGGGUGAUGCGGGCUUGGAAACCUACACAGCAACCAUGAAUGACCCACGCUUUAGAGACCUGGACUCCCGAGUGGUGUACCGUUACCUAGGUGGCCGCGACGACUGGAAGAAGGACUUUGACGAUGUUGACUGA